AUGUGUCCAACGGUUUUGAAUCGAAUAGAAUCAUUUAGCAACGAAUUACUACUUGAUAUUUUUGAAUAUCUCGACGCAUUCGAUUUGUAUCAAGCUUUUUACGGAUUGAACUAUCGCAUCAAUGAUCUACUUCAAUCAGCUCAGUUACACAUUGUCUGUGAUUCGUUACACGUAAGCAACUCAAUUCAUCAAACGCUUUUACCAUGUAUGAAGCCAUCACAAAUUCGUAUGGUUUCUUUUUAUAAUGAUCUUAACAUAGAUAGUCAAUUUUUAUCUUCUACCAAUGAAAAUCUACGGUUAGUUCGUUUACAUGAAAUUAAUCCACAGUCGGCGAACGCAGCAUUUCAACAUAUUCCAGCAAGUAAUCAAAUCAAAUGUUUAUCAAUUAGAGAACGCCGGGACUAUACAAAAAGGAAUGAUUCUUGUUUUUUAAAUAUUGUAUUUGUCGAUCAGGCUCAUCGGUUUAAAUGUCUUGUUAAUCUUUCAUUGUCGCUUGCAGGAUUUACAGCUGUUUUUCCUACUGUUUCCAUUAGAUUUUUAGAGCUUCGUCGUUUAUCAAUUUACAAUUAUGAUUGGACAAUAGAUUUCAUUGGGUUCCUUCAAAACAAUGUACCAAAUCUCAAAUCAUUGCAUUUUAUUGGAAACUACCGUUUAUUCACUAUAUCAUCGGAUCUUGUUUUGAAACACAUUACUGAGCUGCAUAUGAAUCACUCCGGUAGCUUUGCCAAUCUACAGACUAUACUGUCACUUUUUCCGUGUUUAUAUCGACUUCAUCUAGAUCAGAGCGGUAGUCAUCGAUCUGCAAUUAUCAAUGGUGCUCAAUGGCAAAAGUUGAUUGAAUCAUGUUUGCCUCAUUUGAAACAGUUAACCAUUGAUUUCGGUGAAGGGAUUGGCGAAGAUAUAGUACAAACGUUCUAUACAGGUGAAUUUUGGAUAGCAAAAAGAGUCAUGGUAAAGAUGAUUGUAAAUAAGUCACAAUCGCGGUAUCGACUUGUUAAGUUAAUUUACUUUGGUCACCCAUGGCAUUUUAAAUACUUUCACAAUUUUAAUACAUAA